AUGGACCCCAUGGAGCGAAGCAGGCUUGGAGACAGGUUUCGGGUUCAUAUUUCGAAACUCGUCGAUUUGUUGGGAAAGCCUAACGUUUCCGAUUUUUUUCCGGUUUUGGCUAGGUUUGAUUUGCAGGGAAUCGCGAAAGAAAUGAGGGGUGUGGUGGUUGAGGUGGAACGAAUUUUCGAUUGUUUUAUCGAUGCGAAAGUGAAGAGCAUGGCGGCUGGUGGUGGUAUGGAGGGUGAAGAAAGGAGUAAGGACUUUAUGGGAAUUCUUUUGGAGCUCAAGGAUAAGCAACUCGGAGAAGGCUCAACAUUUGGUUUAACUCAAAUCAAGGCGAUUUUGAUGGAUAUUGUUGCCGGCGGGAGCAAUACUACGGCAACGAUGGUCGAGUGGGUGAUGACCGAGCUUUUGCACAACCCGAGUAUAAUGCAAAAAGUGCAGCAAGAAGUAACAAAUGUUGUAGGAGCGAACAACGUCGUUGAAGAAUCCCACGUAUCGAAACUGCACUAUCUCGAAGCAGUUGUAAAGGAAACAUUCCGCCUACAUCCUCCAUUGCCACUCCUCGUUCCAAGGUAUCCGAGUGAAUCUUGCACGAUCGGAGAGCACACAAUCCCAAAGGGGUCAAGGGUCUUCUUGAACAUGUGGUCAAUCCACAUGGACCCGCAUGUUUGGGAGAAUCCUUUAAUAUUUCGACCCGAGAGAUUUUUGAAUGAUAACUCCGAAAAAUUUGAUUUCAUUGGAAACAACGUUGAGUAUCUUCCGUUCGGAUCGGGGAGAAGGGUGUGCCCUGGUAUUCCGUUGGCUGAGAAGAUGGUAAUGUAUUUGUUGGCAACACUCGUUCAUACGUACGAGUGGGGGUUGCCAGAGGGACAAAAGAUUGACCUGUCCGAGAAAUUUGGGAUUGUUAUGAGGAAAGAAACACCACUCAUUGCUGUUCCUUAUCAUAAAUAACCAAAUAUGAACUUGUUUGUAUGCAUAAUUAUGGGUUUUUUGCAAGGACCACCCCUCUAUAAUUUCGAAUUGCCGAAAAACCCCUCGUGUUAAAUAAAUUAGUAGGAACCCCCCGAUGAAAAUUAGUCAAAGGCAAAAAAUCCCUUGACAACAUGUCGUGUGUUGUACGCGCGGCUUGUGUAAGUGAGAGUGUAAUUUUUGACGUGAAAAGUCAAAAAUACCCUCUUAAAUUAUUUUAUAAAUAAACAUAAAUCCAAUUGGGUUUAAAUGCAAAU